AUGGCCAGCAUUGAAGCCAAGAUUCAGCAGAACCCACCUCAGAAAACCCAAAAUGUUUUUCUUGGAACCCAGAUUUUCAUGAGAACUUUCACAAUGACUGCUACAUUGGCUGCAACUUGGGUGACGGUCACAAACAAGCAGACCGCUCAGAUUGUUGGCAUAGAAUUUGAUGCUAGAUAUAACUAUUCCCCUGCCUUCACGUUCUUUGCUUAUGCAAAUGCUGUUGUAAGUGCCUUUUCUUUGCUGUCCUUGUUCCUUGUUUUCCUUUUCCAUCGCAAAGGCUCAAAUCCUGCCAACUACUUCAUCUUGUUCCUCCACGAUUUGUUGAUGCUGUGCUUGUUGCUUGCUGGAUGCUCUGCUGCGACUGCUAUAGGGUACGUGGGGCAGUAUGGGAACAGCCACUCGGGUUGGGCUCCAAUCUGUGAUCACUUUGGAAAAUUCUGUAAAAGAGGGACCAAUUCUAUGGUUCUCUCUUACUUGUCUGUCAUUUUCUUGCUCAUGCUUACCAUCAGCUCGGCCACCAAGUCCAGACAGAUUCUGGUUUAG